CAUGUAUUUAUCUGACAUGUUUUUCCAUCAGCUCUGACAACAAGACAACUUUGUCCGCAUACUUUAAUUUCACACCGACUAAGCGUUGAAUACAGCGGCGGGUCGAUGUCCAAAGACAACCGCCAUGAUGGACGACGGCGUGGUGCUGGGCAGCACCGUCUCGGCCCGAGAGUCAGCCAAGGAGGGGACGGGAGGGAGAGGUCUGGUAGCAACAGCUCAGGCUCCUCGCAUGGAGGAGGCAAAAGCAAAAAUGCGUCCAUAACCGCUUUGAAGGCCUCUUUCCAGCGUUCCAACAGCCAUGACAAAGUGCGAAAGAUAGUCGCUGAAGAGGGCCGUGCUGCUCGAAACCUCAUUGCCUGGAGUGUACCUCUAGAGAACAAAGAGGAGGAAGCAAAGUCCAAAGGCAACUCCAGUGGCAAUUCCAGGUCUCAGAGGAUCAAUUCUGGACAACAAAGGAAUAAAAAACAGAAUGCUGGUGUGGAAAGUAAAGGAACAGCCGGAGCCUUGUUGGACAAGGGGCCAGAGAAGAGCCCCACCAAAGCCAGGCAGCCCCGCAAGGUGGACCUGCGAGCUCGUUACUGGGCCUUCCUGUUUGACAACCUGCGCCGGGCGGUGGACGAGAUUUACGUCACUUGUGAAUCUGAUCAGAGCGUCUUAGAAUGCAAGGAAGUGCUGAUGAUGCUGGACAACUACGUACGGGAUUUCAAAGCUCUCAUAGACUGGAUCCAGCUUCAGGAGAAGUUGGAGAAAACAGAUGCCCAGAACAGGCCCACGUCUUUAGCCUGGGAGGUGCGUAAGAUGUCUCCGGGACGUCAUGUGAUGCCAAGCCCCACAGCAGACAGAAUGGUGCCAUCUCCAGGUGCACGUCGUACCCUCAACUUUGGCGGUCCUCCAUCAACACUGGCUGGAGCCCGACUCUCCCACACAGGCCCCAGCUGGGCAGACCGAGUGAAGUGCACUCAGUCCGUCCAAAGCUCUAACCAUCUGACCACUUCCCCGGCAGAAAAGCCUGGUAAAAAGGAUGCGGAAGGCUGGGAGACCGUACAGCGAGGGCGCACUGCCAAACCACGCUCUGCCGCUAUUGCCAAGGUCAGCCCUGUCUUGGCUCAUGUCGCCCCAAAACAGGACAGUGGCAAGAGUAACCAAUCACAUCUGCCGCCAAAGGAAGAACGACAACCUCGACCUGAGUGUCCUCCGGACAAGGUCGUGACCCAGAUGGACACUAAACAGCAAGUCCCAGUGGAGCCGGACUCCUUGGAGGAGGUUGAGCGUCCAGAGAACGGGCACAUAAUGGAGCCCCCAGCAGAGAGUGUACAAGACUCGGGGCAGUGUGUCGACGCACCCUCUGAAGACGCGCCUCCCCCCAUAGCAGCUCUUGCACCUUCACAAGCCCCAGAGCAGAAUCCAGCCACAGCCACAGCCACAACCACAGCCACAGCCACAACCACAGUCCCACCACCAGACAUUACUUUAUCAGAACCACUCCCUGCCCCUUCCCCAGUCCCAGUCCCGGCUUUGACCCUCACCACAUCCCCAGAUCUACCCCAGACGGAUGGGCUCAGUACACUGUUGGCCUUUGGGGACAGUGGGGCUGAGGGGGGCGCGUCACAGGGCAUGGCCACAUCUGCUCCAGGACAGGCUGAGACUCCCAUGGCAGCGGUGAAACUGGAGAGUGUGCUGGACCCCACAGAGCUUUCUACUCCCCAGUCCAUGGCAGAGGUCCUGGCCAAGAAAGAGGAGCUGGCAGACCGACUGGAGAAGGCCAACGAAGAGGCGAUCGCCAGUGCCAUCGCUGAGGAGGAGCAGCUGACUAGAGAGAUUCAAGCCGAGAACAGCGAACUGGAGACUGACAAUGAAAGUGACUUCUCUGCAAGCAUGGGCAAUGGCGGUUGUGGAGUCAAUAUGGAUUGGAGUGACAUGCUGGCAGAUUAUGACGCUCGGGAACCAUGGCGUCAGAGUACCUCAUGGGGGGACAUAGUAGAAGAAGAACCUGCUCGGCCUCCUGGACAUGGGAUCCAUAUGCAUGAAAAACUGUCCUCACCAUCGCGCAAAAGGACCAUUGCAGAGUCAAAGAAGAAACAUGAGGAGAAACAGCUGAAGGCGCAGCAGCUGAGGGACAAACUCCGGGAGGAAAAGACACUCAAACUGCAGAAGCUCUUGGAGAGGGAGAAGGACGUGAGAAAAUGGAAAGAGGAGUUGUUGGAGCAGCGUCGGAGGAUGAUGGAGGAAAAGCUGCUGCAUGCAGAGUUUAAGAGAGAGCUGCAACUCCAAGCCAUUGUGAAGAAGGCCCAAGAAGAAGAGGCCAAGGUGAAUGAAAUCGCUUUCAUCAACACUCUGGAAGCCCAAAAUAAGAGGCAUGAUGCUUUGGCCAAGUUAAGUGAAUAUGAACAACGCCUCAACGAACUGCAAGAAGAGAGACAGAGGAGACAGGAGGAGAAGCAGGCCAGAGAUGAAGCUGUGCAGGAACGUAAACGAGUUCUGGAAGCAGAGCGGCAGGCAAGAGUGGAGGAGCUGCUGAUUCGUAGGAAGGAGCAGGAGGCUCGUAUUGAACAGCAGAGGCAGGAAAAAGAGAAAGCUAGAGAGGAUGCAGCGCGGGAAAGAGCCAGAGACCGAGAGGAGCGUCUGGCAGCUCUUAGUGCUGCUCAACAGGAGGCCAUGGAGGAGCUACAGAAGAAAAUUCAGAUGAAGCAUGACGAGAGCAGCCGCAGGCACAUGGAGCAAAUCGAACAGAGGAAAGAGAAGGCUGCUGAGCUCAGCAGCGGUCGACAUGCUAACACAGACUACGCCCCCAAACUGACACCAUAUGAACGCAAGAAACAGUGCUCACUGUGUGGCGUUGUGAUCACCUCAGAGGUGCACCUGUUCAGCCACACUAAGGGCAAGAGGCACCAACAGGCCGUGCGAGACAGUAGCAGCAUCCAGGGACGGGAGCUCUCUGAUGAGGAAGUGGAGCAUCUUUCCCUGAAGAAAUACAUUGUGGACAUUUUGACGGACAGCUCCGUUUCUUCUGAGAACAUGAAAGACGGAGAAGAGCGACAAAAGGCUCGGAAGAAGGCAAAGAAGCUCCGUGCCAGGAUGAACUCCAGGGCAAAGGAAUACGAGACAUCAAUAGAGGCAAAGACUCAGGUCCCUGACUCUCCAUAUAAGGCUAAAUUGCAGCGUUUGGUGAAAGACCUGUUGAAGCAGCUGCAGGGCCAAGACAGCGGGCAGUGGGCCAACAACAAAGCGUCUGGUCUGGACAGAACUCUGGGAGAGAUCUCUCGCAUCUUAGAGAAACAGAACAAUGCCGACCAAGUGGCCUUCCAAGUGGGCGGUGGCCUGUCUGCUCUGGAACAAAUUUUGCAGGUCAUCACUGCUGCUUCCACACCCACCGCAGUUCCUCGUAUCCCUCUCAAAUCUCUCUGUGCUGCUGUAAAUAUCUACUACCUGGCAUGUUCCUGCUGUGCCCUCAACUGCUCCUAUGUGCUGUUUAGCAACAAGAUAGUCCUCCUCAUGGACCUGCUGCUGCAUCAGCUAACACUGUAUGUUCCAGAUGAGGACAAGUCCAUUUUUGGACGCAGUGUGAACAAACAAGUCUUUGAAGGUUUGACAACAGGCCUGCUUCAAACCAUUGCUACCAUCCUGGGGUCCCUGUGGCCAAAUAUCUCUGAGUCUGGGCAAGGCGAAAACACAUGGAUUUCCUCCCCAGAUACCAAGGUCAAGAGCUCUGCCACAGAGUCCUUCAACACUCGCACACAAGAUCUAAUCAGCUACGUGGUGAACAUGGGCUUGAUUGACAAGCUCUACGGGUGCUUCUUGUCGGUCCAAAGUCCUGUGGACGAUCACCCCAAGAUGUCUGCUUUCCUUCAGCAAGCCUCAGCUCUGCUGCACAGCAUGUGUAAGCUGUGCUUCGUCGUAACCGGACGUGCUCCCAGCAUAUUUGACAAUAAACGCCAGGACCCGACUGGAUUGACGGCCCUGCUGCAGUCCACAGACCUGGUUGGAGUGGUGCACACUCUGUAUUGUAUCCUGCUGCACAGUUUCUUGCCGGAGUCUGCUUCCCAGAGUCAGGAACCUUACGGCCCAGGGGUCAUCCAGGUGGCUUUACAAGGCAUCCGCUUCCUCAACAGUUUUGCCCUUCUUGACCUAUCCGCCUUCCAGUCCGUUCUAGGAGCCGAGGGCCUGUCUCUGGCUUUCCGACACAUUGUCAGCUCCCUGCUCUGGUACUGUACCCAGCAUUCCUCCGAAGAGCUGCUGCACGAAGUCAUCAUCUGUGUGGGAUACUUUACUGUUAACCACCCUGACAACCAGGUGAUAGUGCAGUCUGGCCGCCAGCCCAGCGUGUUGCAGAAACUGUGUCAGCUGCCCUUCCAGUACUUCAGCCACCCACGCCUCAUCAGAGUGCUCUUUCCCUCCCUCAUCUCCGCCUGCUACAACAACUCUCAGAACAAGGUCAUCCUGCAGCAGGAGAUGAGCUGCGUGCUGCUGGCCACGUUCAUUCAGGACUGUGCCGCAAACGAGAAGGAAUCAGACACGAAAACAAGUAAAAUGGUUUCCCAGCCACUGGAUUACUGUGAACUGUCCAACCGCUUUCCAAGAGAUCAGUGGGAUUCAGCGCUGCAGUUUUUUCUUAAGAAGCAGGAGGAGUGAUGGAGCUGGAAGAGCACAGUGCAAACCAUUACACAAGACACUAACAUGUGGAGGUGUUUUUUCUGUUUGUUUGUUUGUGACUUCAAGUCUGAAUAAGUAUCACGUUCUUCAGACUUUGUCAAAUGUUUAAAAAAAAAAAAAUUGUGAAGCCUUAUCAUAUGUUGGUUCAUCUGUUUUGAUUUCUUGGAAAUCAGAUUGACGGUUAAAGAGGAAUUUUUGCACAAAAUGUCUUAUUUGUACCUUGCAGUUAGAACACACGCACAACUCCAUGUAACGUCUAAAUACGCCAUUUGUUUCUCUUUGUUCCUGUUGUAGAUAGAAAUGGCGACAUUUUCCAAACAGUGACUGUCUGAACCUGAAGCAUUUACUUAUACUGUAAUUUAUGUUUUGCCAAACCUUUCCAUCGAUACUGUUUGUGUUCAUUUAUUGUUUUUUUUGGAUGUUUUUUUUUUUUGAAUGUGAAUGGCCAGAAUGUUCUCCCUGUUCUACACGAUGCCAGUUCCAAGUGAAAUGACCUGCCUUGAUUGCAAAUAUGUGUUAAGAUUUAUAUUUUUCAAGUUCACGUCGUUUUCUUUCCAUUCUCUCUUUGUUAGAAGGCACCUGCAAAUUAAUAUAAUUUAUUGAGUUAUUUACCUUCAUAAUUUAAAAUAAAAAUACUUCUGGUUACAUAU